GCCAGAGAGGCAGUAGUGAUUAGUGAACACCCAGACCAGAAAGGCGGCGAUUUUUGUUGGAUGCAAACCGCAAAUGAGGAGCAUCCAUCACCCCAAUCUCCUCCUCCUCCGCCGCCGCCGCUGCCGCCGCCUCUCCGGCGCAAAUCGCCGCCCCGAAACCCCACCGAGAUCCAGCCUCUCCACCAAAUCCGCCGCGAACCCACCGGACCCCGCCGACCCUGCCCGCGCCGCCUCGAUCUUGGCCGAGGAUGACUGGUUCCCCCGUCUCAACGCCGAGUUCGCCGCCGCGCUCCCCCGCCUCGGCCCCCGCUUCGUCGUCCGCGCGCUUCGUGCGGCGGCGGAGAGGGAGGGGUUGGGGGAGCCGCUGCUCUGCGUGCGGCUCUACGUGUGGGCGUCGCGGUUCGGCGCCCACUUCGCGCGCGACGGCGGCGUGCGGCGGGCGCUCGUGGGCGCGCUGUGGCGGCGCGGGCCGGUGGUGCUGUCGGGGAGGCUGGUGGCGGAGGUGAGGGGUUGCGGGUGCGAGGUGUCGGAGGAGCUGGUGUGCGCGCUGGUGGAGAGCUGGGGCAGGCUGGGGCUCGCACGCUACGCGCACGAGGUGUUCGUGCAAAUGCCGCGGCUGGGUCUGAGGCCCAGCACGGCGGUGUACAACGCGCUGAUCGCGGCGUCGGUGAGGGCGGGGGCCGUCGACACCGCGUACCUCAGGUUCCAGCAGAUGCCCGCCGACGGGUGCCGGCCCGACCACUUCACGUACAACUCGCUCGUCCACGGCGUGUGCCGGCGCGGGAUCGUCGAUGAGGCGGUCCGGCUGGUGAGGCAGAUGGAGGGGGAGGGGAUCAGGCCGAACGUGUUCACGUACACCAUGCUGGUGGACGGGUUCUGCAAUGCCGGCAGGGUGGAGGAGGCGUUCCGUAUGCUGGACAAGAUGAAGGAGAAGGGCGUGGCGCCGAGCGAGGCCACUUACAGGACACUGGUUCAUGGCGUGUUUCGCUGCUUGGAGAGAGACAAGGCAUACAGGAUGUUGAGUGAUUGGCUAGGCCAUGAGACGUCCCUUCACCCGAGCGCAUGCCACACGAUGCUGUAUUGCCUGUCGAAGAAGGACAUGGCCAAAGAGGCAGUUGAGUUUGAGAAGAGGAUGAGUGCUAGGGGUUAUCUCCUUGACAGCACAGCAUUUGGCAUUGUCAUGUCUUGUGCUCUGAAAUGCCUGGAGGUGAGUGAUCUAUGUGAGUUACUAGAUUCUUUCAUUAAGAAUGGCGGGAAUCCAGGAUUUGAUGUAUAUAUUAUGGUAAUCAAAUCCUUGCUGAACUGCAAGAAUUUUUCGAAGGCAAACCACUAUUUGGGGCACAUGGUUUUAAAGGGACUCUUGUCUAGUGUGAUGUCUUACAACAUGGUGAUAGAUUGCUUCGUGAAGGCCGGGGCAGUUGAUAAAGCAGAGGAGAUUGUCAAGGAGAUGCAAGACAAAGGUUUCUUGCCUAACCUUGUCACCUUUAACACACUAAUAAGUGGAUAUUCAAAAUUAGGGAAUGUACAUAAUGCAAAGGUUGUUCUUAAGAUGCUUAUGGAACAUGGUUUCAUGCCAGAUAUCAUUACAUUUACCUCUCUUAUUGAUGGCCUGUGCAAUACCCAUCAACUGGAUGAUGCUUUUGUUUGCUUUGAAGAGAUGGCAGAGUGGGGUGUUAGACCAAAUGCUCAGACUUACAAUGUAUUAAUGCACACACUUUGUUCAGCAGGGCAUGUUAACAAGGCUAUUGAUCUUCUUAAUAAAAUGAAAAUAGAUGGCGUUACUCCUGAUGCAUAUUCCUUCAAUGCCCUCAUCUUGAGUUUUUGCCGGAUGAGGAAGGUAGAUAAAGCUGAAGAUAUUUUCAAUGACAUGGUGAGAUUUGGUGUGGUUCCAGACAGUUACACAUACAAUUCCCUGAUAAAAGCUCUAUGUGAUGAAAGGAGAGUCAAUAAGGCCAAAGAAAUUCUAUUUGCAAGGGAGCGCAGUGGCUGCAGCACGAGCAAUAAUCAAUCAUAUUGGCCAAUUGUUGCUGCACUUGCAAAAAUGGGUCAAUUCAGUGAGGCAGGAGAGUUAAUGGAUAAAUACCUCAGUAGAAAUGCUCAGUCGAGUUGUGGCUCUAAUCAGAGCAUAGAGUCUGAAGUUGCUGUUCAAGUUGUCAAUGCGUGAAGUGUGAUCUAUUGACUGCAUGCUAAUUUACACAUGAAUGAUGCCCUAUCCUCAGUGAAAGGUGCAAAACAGCCUCAUCUUUGCUUAAGAUGAAGGAUUUGUACCUUCCAACGCCAUAGAGAUAUUAAGCUCUAUGGCAUCGAUGGAAUUUCAAAAAUUAUAUGGAUUUAAGCUUUCUACUCAGGAAACAAUUGCAGAACAAAUCGGUGCAUUCCUUUUAACACUUUCACAUGUUCUGGUAACUUUGGUGCAUCAUAGGCUUCAUAAAAAGUUCACUAUUUUUGAUCUUGUGAAUACUGCUAAAGACAAGACAUAAGCUAAGAAAAACUUAACUGCAUUUGUAAUUUUCCUUGUAUUUGAUUAGCUGUGAAGCAUCAUCAUACAAAUUGAAAGCGAAAACAUUCAAAAAGAUUUUGGUUUAAAAUAAUUGUGAACAGAAAAUAGUCACUGGAAAAAAUCAGUGUAUCACGAUCAGUAGUCUACCAACAUGCCCCCACUAAAGAUGUAACACCAACUAAGCAUUCCAAUGAACUUUGAGAACUUGCUCACAGAAUUUGGCUGGGAAGGAAACAAUGAUGCUUUUAUACUCACAUGGACUGGAAAAGCAGCAGGGAUUUCAGCUUGAUAUUGCUCUUUUGUACAUUCUGACAUUGUAGGUUCGAUAGGGCAGUUGGCUUAUGAACGGUAUACGUGCAAUGCUUUUCUCUUGGGAAACAAAUACCAUACAGAAACAAAAAGCUGAGUGGUUCCUCCCUUGCUGAGGACCAGUGGUUCUUGGCUGUUUCAAAGCUCACUGUCAAGUUAGAGAUUAUCAGUGCUCUAAUCCCUUCACACUAGUUCCAAAGUCCAAACCUAAAGGAAUUUCCUUUCAUGUUAAUGAUCACAUGAAGUAAAGAGCUGCCUCCUCCUGAUAUUGAGUUCUCUAUUAUAAAUUUUAGAUUUCUGUGUUCUGGAGGUGAAGAACACUGAUCCACACAUGCGCGUACAUUUGUUGCUGCUGUUUAUAUGUAAACAUCUAGCAACAUUAUCGGUGGAGUGAUUAUUUCGCAUCAUGGUGAUGUGGCUAACCGGCUACAGUGUUGUAGAUUUGAGAUAUGCUAAAAGUUACUUGUGCCAACUGCCAAGAACAAAGUGACAUCUGGAGAGAGAGAGAGAGAAAUAUUUGCCAGCUAUAUAUUUUUUGAAUUGAGAUUGAAAGAACAGUGACAAUUAGAGCUGCAUAUCGUCAGCUUGUUGAAUGUUUUUUUUUUAACUUGUUGAAUGUAUGUUUAAUUUGCCAUAUCCUGUUAGUUAUGCACCGUCCAUGUAUGGGUACCAAACCAAUUGAAGGUCACGUGAGAUCUCGUCUUUGUUAAGAUGAAGUAUUUUUACCUUGCCGACGCCUACGAGAUAUUAAAACUCAGUAUCAUGGAUUGAAUUUCAAAAUGAUAUGGAUUAGCUUUCCCCUCUGCAAAUCAAUUGGUAAAUUCCUUUGAACACUUUCACAUGUUCUGGUAAUUUUGCGUGAAUCACAGACUUAGUAAAAAGGUCACUGUUUUGAUGUUGUGAAUACCGGCAAAGACAAGCCAUAAGCUAAGAAAAAGUUGAGUGUA